UCACGGACAAUGAUAGGACAGCUACGGCAUUGGAGAUGCAUUACUUCCACGACCUCGUAUAAAAAAGUGAAAUAACAGUGAUUUAUUCUACUUUAUCUCUUCAUUAUCAAGCUUUGUCAUUCCUCAUAUUCGAUGUGGUGGAACUGAUAGCAUGCAGCCGAGGGACAGGACAUUGUAAAUAGCAACAGUGCGCUCAGGACAGGAGGAGGUUCAAGAGAUUGAGGACCAAAACAUUCUGAACAAUAAAAUCAACAGUCAUGGCUGCAGAGAAUAACUUCCCUCCAAUACCGGGGUUCAUCCCCUUGCAGCCAUGUUUCUACCAGGACUUUGACGAGGAGAUCCCUGAACAGCAUCGCACCAUGUGCAAGAGACUCUACCACCUGUGGAUCUUGUAUGCAAUCACCCUGGCUGUGAAUUUGGCGGGCUGCUUUGUGUGGAUGCUGGGUGGAGGGGGCGUGACAAAUUUUGGCAUGGCCAUCAUAUGGUUGAUUCUCUUCACCCCCUGCUCCUAUGCAUGCUGGUUCAGGCCCAUCUACAAGGCCUUCAAGACUGACAGCUCGUUCAACUUCAUGGCGUUCUUCUUUGUGUUCAUGGCCCAGGUGGGCAUCAGUAUUAUCCAGUGCAUAGGGAUCCCAGGCUGGGGAAACUGCGGCUGGCUGGCCACCAUCUCUUUCUUCAGCUACAACCUUUGGAUCGCCUUGCUGAUGCUCAUCCCCACCCUCUUUUUCACUGCCACGGCAACGCUGUCCUUCAUCGCCCUCACCAAGGUCCAUAACUUCUACCGUGGCAGCGGGGGCAGCAUAGGCAAGGCUCAGGAGGAGUGGACCACAGGGGCCUGGAAGAACCCCCACAUCCAGCAGGCAGCGCAGCAGGCAGCUAUGGGAGCCGCCACGGGGGCCAUGAUGCCGGAUCAGCAGUACUCCAGCAACACCCCACAGUACAAUGACAACCAGAUGUAGGGGAUAAAGUGGAGGGAAGCAUGUCAAAGCAGGAGCAGGAGUUUGGUAUCUGUUUAUCCCAUCCCCCAAAAAGUGUGUCUUUAUCACAACAGCUCUUUCUAUAGGGCAGGGGUCUUCAACCUUUUUUGCCCAGGGACCCUCUCCCAGGCACACCGGCAACCCAGGGACCCCCAUCAUACGUUAGUGAUUUGUUUUCUUCUCACUUGUCUUGUCUUAGCAUCAAGUGAAUGAUAAUGUCAAGGAGAAGUAAUCAACAUUUCAAAAAUGAAUAGGAUUGUUUUUCAUUAUUGUAAUUGGGGAAGGAAGUCUAACAUAGCCUAUUAGCUUGAAAGGUAACUCCAAACACACUAAGAGCUGCUGUUUAGCUGGUUACACAAAGGUAGCCAUAUGUUUGGAAAAAUGCAUGUCUAAGCCAAGAAAGCUUACCAGCAGCCAGCGACACUUGACGCACUGGUAGCCGAUGUCAGAUACUCCGGUGAGUGUAAUUGGCUCCAAUAAGUGUAAUUUGCUUAAUAUUAGGAGUUAAGAAAUAAUGUUGACAUCAUUAGAAGGAAGAUAUUCUCCUCUUUUCUGCUGUAAUCAUUUAUUCUAUUGUUGCUAGCGAUAUACCCCUGCUAUAGGGCACUACACUACACUUCCACACUAUACCAGCUGACUCUGAACACCCAUAACGUAAAGACAUUUCAUGCUCUCAGCAUCUACACUGAACUACAGUAUCUGGUUUCUACUGUGUGAUGUCAUUUUCCUGCUUCCGCUGCUUUGUUUUGGUGCGUCACAUCAAAGACGUGUCCCUGUCUUAUGUCACUGUGUUAGCAGGGCCCUGUGGCUACAUGCACACAGCACCAACUCCGCUCGUCAGAGCUCAUUCCGAUCACCCACUAUCCUCUCCUCUAUGAUCUUCGGUUUUGGUUUUUGGUAGCCUCCUCCUGCUCAUGACUUGUAAAGUCAUGCUCAUGAUAUAGUAUCUCAAUUAUAUAUAUAUUUUUUUCAUAGUAAGUUACUGGACUCUAGGUUUUGCCGUGAAUAAAUGUAGCCACAGGCUGUAGGAAGAGAGCCAUGUAAGACUGUGUUUGAGUGCAAUACUAUUCACUUUUAAAAAUUUUAUUUUUUAUUUUUUAAAUCUACUGAUAUUUCAAAGCGGAUAAAAACGGUUUAUUACAGAAUGUAGCACUGGGAUAACUUUAAUAUUUUACCAGGAGUGUUUAUGUACAGUAGGAGAUAGCGUAUUUGGUAAUAAAUAUGUAUUUUAAGAAUGUAUUACUUUGUAUACUAGUGAAUGCCAGCUGAUUGAACAAAACGGACUCUCCUCUGAGCCAUCAGGGUAUUAUUUUCAGGUAAAGCAGAGCUAUAAACACUGUGAACCUUUCCCUUUACGUCCAUGUGUAUGUUUUUGAUAGCUUAUAUAAUAUGUAUUUAAAAUGAA